GCCUUGCCUGAACAACACACAGGCUCACCCACCGUGACAACAACAACAACUCCGCCGCACCAUCGAUAUUUUUGCUGUCAGUCUAUUGGUAUUCUUGGAUGAGAUACGACUUACAUAUCGGCGGGCGUUGACCGCUUCCAACGAUCCGAGUAAGACACGCCCUGCAGCGCAGCUUUUUCAACCCCGUAGUAGCAUAGCCGAGCACUUGAACUCCCAGAAUCAAGUGAAAUGGAUGAUUCAGGAAACAUCGUCUGUUACCUGCAGAUCACCCGAGACAGGGGUGAAGGUCAUUGGAAAAUACAUAAUCUGGAUGAAACAACGCCCUUUCACAAAAUCUCCCCAAGCACGUUGUCUCGGAUUGAUUCUGGGUUCAUAAAGUUAUCCUCUGGCAGUCGAUAGAGACCCGCGCAUACAACCAGCCCAUUCCAGCCCUUCCCGAAGGAAGUCGUCAACGUCAGCUCGGUCGGAAUCGUCGUUUCUAAACUAACGCAUCCAGAAUGGAUCCUUUCCGUUACCGCAAGGCGUAUGCAGCAAUGCUACAGGCCACACAGCUCAUUGAACAACGGCUUCAACAGGGGGUUGAUGCUAAGCCUGAGCAGUCUGCACAGCAUGAUGUAUCGGGUGCCGCAUUCCAGGACCAGGACCCGGACAGUAUGGACUGGACUCCUACGGGGAGCCGGACGCCUAGUGUAGCUGCAGAGUGUGGACCACCACCCUCAUUGUCCGAGAAGCUGCGGCCGCUUCUGCCUCCUGGCGGGAAUGAUGAUGCGCAAGCUACGGACCACGGGGACGCUAUCCUCCUACGCAAGUUGAAGGAGGGUAAGCUGGUGGAUGCAUGCAUCGACAAGCUUGUUCAGGAUCUGCCGGAUGCGCUGAGCUAUAAUAACUCUACAUCAUUCACACCUUCUUCGAUAGAGGUGCCUAAAGACUUUGGGCUGCAGCUGUCCAUCUCGAUCAACCACCAUAUGGCACAGAUAGCAGACCGGAAAGCGCUGGAGAAGUACCGACGGCUGUUGGGCCAUCGCAAAACUGCGGCAAAGCGCAGACCUGUCAAACUUGGGUUUGAUCCAGUCGAGUUGAUCAAGAAGCAAGCUGUCACGUUCCCUGAGAGCGUACUCUCUCCAGCGUGCACGCUUGAUAACGAAGUCCAUCCUAUCUUCCGUCCAGAAAACUGGCACGGGUGCCCUGACAAUAUCUACGAAGUACUCAAGCCAGGCAUGCAGCUUGCGACGCAACUUUUAACGUCUCGAGCGACUGCCCACUACUGGCAUACGCUCGUUUUUGGCGACCGAGUACCAUGCGUCGCAACUUCAGAAGCCUAUGGCCAGCCGUGUCAUCGCAUAAGAAGCGAUGUGCCUUGGUCAGAAGAGCGCCAUGUUGCUUUCAACAACUUUUUGAGCAAUCAACUGGACACGUUGUACUUUUGCUUCCACAACAACCCUCUGCCGCCAGAGACCGUCUACGCGUCUAUGGGGUUGGUGAGAGACUACAAAAACGGCCUGGUGCGCAAGAUGAACGGCAAGUGCCAUUCGUCUCGCAUUUGCUUGCACUCGGACUUCUACACUACUGCGAAGAAGCUAAGCCUUCUGCGCUAUCGCGAGCCGGCAAUGGUCCUGCGCUUCAACCUAUUCUUGGCUAUCUGCCUCAGCCAUGAGAUUGCACACUUCUGCGAGGUAUCAGGCCCGCAUCACGACCAUCCAUUACUAUCAGCCCCUGAAGUUUUCUGGGGCGACAACAUGUGGACGGAAAGCGGGAUCGCAUUUGAGACGAAGAUCUUCGGCGGCCGUAUACACCCACUGUCGAGCCGGAUAGACUGCAGUCUUGGACUAGCAUGCCUGGACUAUCCACUCAAGGAGCUCUACGACAAGGACGAAAACGUGCUCUACGCGUUGCCGAUGGACUACAUUCUCAAGCUGCAGCAGAGCGAGACAUGGCAGCAAGACUUCAGCAAAAGCAGGACCGACGUCUUCUUCGUCCCUCGAAACGGCAGCAGGUCGGUCGAAAUCAACGGCGCGAAUCUGAUGAUCUGGGAAGACGAGAAUGACGCCGACAUCUCUGAUCAUAUUGAUGGGGAGGAGACGGAGUGGAAACGCAUGGACGACGGGUCGAUUGCCAAAAACCCCAACUCGAACAACCGUAGGGCCCAGCGACCACCUGUCGUUCAGCGCUGGAGCCCCUACGGUCAUAAGAGAAAGAACACAGUGGAGGAUGCAUCGUGUGUAGAAGCAGAAGUCGUCGAUGAUGCUGAAGUCAUUGCGCCAGCAGCGAGCGAGCCGGAGGGGAAAGCAGCGAAGGAGGAAGGCGUAGAAGAGUCGAGGAAAACGCCAGAUCAGGACAUGGCCUGAGUUGGAACAAAGAGGCCUGCUUUAGGUACAGACGGCCGCGGUGAACUGUUGCAUAUGCAUCUAGCAUUGGCGUUUGGGUACUCAAGGCAUAGUUGCUCUGGAUUCUUGCACUAGCAUAGCGAGCAUUUACGAACUAUUCUUAUGCAUUUCAGCCAUAUUAUACAAUCCAACGUUUAUUGAGUGGUUGACUCCCGAUGCA